CGCUUGAUCAUAGUCAGACAUAGUAGUCAGUAGUGUAAGUAUACUAGUAUUAGUAGUAUUCAUUACUUCAUUAGUCAAAUGCACUAAAUAUUUAGUGUUUACCUAUUUUCGUMUUCAUUUCUGAGGAGCUUUUCAAACGUUAUAUGGAAACCRAGACUAGACGCGCGCGAAAGGAAAAGUCAUGUCGAUGAAACAAUUACCGUCGGAAACGAUUAAACUUAUAAGCAGUACUCAGGUCAUUACAUCGGUGUCGUCGGUGGUGAAGGAAUUAAUUGAAAACUCUAUUGAUGCCAAUGCUACCAUCAUUGAUAUACGACUGGACAACUAUGGGCUGGACAAGAUUGAAAUUCGCGACAACGGUGUUGGCAUCUCACACAGUGAUGUAAAUGUCAUGUGUUUGCGUAAUUACACUUCCAAAAUAUCCGAAAUAUCGGAUUUAGAUAAAUUGACUUGCUACGGAUUUCGCGGUGAAGCACUUAGUUCAAUUUGUGCUGUAGCUGAUGUCACUGUCAUUACAAAAUCAGAUUUUGAUGAAUAUGCCAAAUCGUUUAACAUGGACAGCAAUGGCCGCGUGAAGAAUAGUUCAAUUUGUCAUCACCAAAAGGGUACAGUAAUUAAAAUAGUAAACCUUUUCAAAAAGUUGCCAGUUCGAAAACAAAUUUAUAGUUCAAAGAAACAUUGUGUUAAUGAUUUACGAAGAAUAGAAAAUAUUGUUAAAUCAUUAGCAGCUAUUCAACAAAAUAUUCGUGUUUGUCUGGUUCAUAAUAAAUCCGUGUUGUGGCAAAUGACUUCAGCUAUCGAUUUGGUAGUGACAUUUGGSCAAAUUUGGUCAUCAUCAAUGACUAAGUAUGUAAAACACUUGACGUUUGCAAGUGAAGAGGUAAAUAUUGAUGUAGUUUUACCUGUACAAAAUAUAAAUGUGCAAAAUUGUUUUUUUACCACAAAUGUUGCCGAUGCAAUUUAUAUAUAUGUUAACAAAAGACCUGUCAGGGAUAAAAAAAUUGAAAAACUUAUUGUUGGAGAAUUUAAUAAUUAUUUUGGACAUUAUUUACCUCCUGGAAAGUACUUGCCAUGUCUUAUAUCUAUAACCAUUCCACCUGAAGCUAUUGAUAUAAAUUUGGAACCAGAUAAAUCCCGAAUUUUAUUUCAUAAUCAGGUUCAGUAUAUUGAUAAUUAUAUCAUUUAUCUAUAA